AUGGUAAAUAAUAUUAAAUGGCGAAUUUUCAUUCCAAAAAGUUCACCUGUAGCUAGCUGGAAACUGAAGCUUAUAAGAGCCAAUAAAGUUGAAUUACUAGAGACAAUAUUGAGGGUAAAUACUGCUAUUUCAGGAGGUACUCCUACUCAUAUAGAUACUAUUGAUGGAAAGCGAAUACAAGCAGUGCCAUAUUUGAAUGUAGAACCGAGCACAUCCACAGAUGCUAACAAAAAUAAUAAACAGGCCGAGUCUAUUAUCUUACAAGACGGAGAAUUGUAUAACACUUGUAUGAACUAUUUCAGUGGAACAACAACGCCAAAAGACGAAAAAUCUUCAAGAAAUAUUUUUUUAGAUUGGUCGUGUUCUGCUAUGACACAUGUUUCACAACAAGAUCAAUUCGUUGCAUCCACACCAAUAACUGCAGAUGAAAAUAUAGCUCCAAACAUUUCAGAAUUCAAUGAUGAAACUGAUGAACGAGCCGAGAACACGUUGGCAUCCCAACCUUCAAAUGAUAGUGGUGACACAUGUUCAAAAUGCAUUUUUUGCGACGUUGUUCGAAAAAGAAGCGGUUCUUGCCAAAUAAGGGUUAGGUUAUGUAAUUCGCAACAAUUGCCUAUAUCAGAAAAAUGGCUCAGGUUUUUAAAGAUACUGAGUUACUCGAUCGACUAG